AUGAGAGGGAAAAGGGGCAGGCCGCCCAAACCGCUACAAACCGAGGAGCCGUCCCCGGCCGCGGCCCGGGGCUUACGACCCAGGAGGACUCCCAAGCCCCGGCUAAGGGACAGCGGGGAUGAGGACGUGGAGAGCCCCACCAGGGAGCCCCCGAAGUCGGCCAAAAAGAGGAAAGCGGGGUCCGCAACGUCAACACGGGGCAGGGGACGAGGGAGAGGUGGCGGCGGCGGCAGAGGAGCCAGAGGUGGCCGCGGAGGGAGGAAGACCACUGCCUCCAAGACGGUGGUCUACGACGACCACGAGAGCGAGGAGGAGGACGACGCUGUCAGUUUGAGGUCGGAGGAGGACGAAUUUGUUGAGGAGGACCCCCAGUCGGAGGAAGAAGAGGCCCUCAAAGAGGACUCUGACUGCCUGGAAGAUGAUGUGCUAGACGAGGAGGAGGAUGAUGCCAGCUACUGUACGGAGAGCAGCUUUCGGAGUCAGAGCACACACGCCAGCACUCCGGGAAAGAAGAAGCUGAGGGCUCCUCGGCCUCGUACUCCCACUCUGGAGAACAAGGAGAUCCCCUCCCUGGAGCUUCCCGACUCUUCCGAGGAUCUCCUGGUGCCCAACGAGGAGCUACUCAACGCCACCUCCAUCUACGAGGUGUUGCGGAACUUCAGCACGGUGCUGCGUCUGUCCCCCUUCUCUUUCGAGGACUUUUGUGCGGCGCUGGUAGGUCAGGAGCAGUGCACUUUAAUAGCAGAGACCCACAUUUCCCUGUUGAAGGCCAUUCUCCGGGAAGAAGACUCCUCCAAUACUACCUUUGGCCCGGCUGACCUCAAGGACAGCGUCAACUCCACUUUGUACUUUAUUGAUGGAAUGACAUGGCCGGAGGUUUUGCGGGCAUACUGCGAGAGCGACCAGGAGUACCAUCAUGUUCUGCCGUACCAGGAGGCGGACGAAUACCCCUUCGGUUCCCUCAAGGGUAAGGUCAAGGUGCUACAGUUCUUGGUGGACCAGUUCCUCACCACUAACAUUGCCCGCGAGGAGCUCAUGUCCGACGGCAGCAUGCAGUACGACGACCACUGCCGCGUGUGCCACCGCCUGGGCGACCUGCUGUGCUGCGAGACCUGCUCGGCGGUGUACCACCUGGAGUGCGUGAAGCCGCCUCUGGAGGCGGUCCCAGAAGACGAGUGGCAGUGCGAGAUCUGCGUGGCCCACAAAGUGCCCGGGGUCACAGACUGUGUGACAGAGGCACAGAAAAACAGACCCUACAUCCGCCAGGAGCCAAUCGGAUACGACCGGCACCAGAGGAAAUACUGGUUCCUGAAUAGAAGGAUUAUUGUCGAGGAGGACGGGGAGCACGAAAAGAAAAAGAUCUGGUACUACAGCAGCAAGGUGCAGCUGGAGGAGCUGGUCCAGUGCCUGGAUAAGGAGUACUGGGAGUCGGACCUUCACGCCACCCUGGAAGAGAUGAAGGAGGAGGUCCACGCUCACAUGGACAUCACGGAGGACCUCACCAACAAAGCCCGCGGAAGCAAUAAAGCCUACCUCACUGCUGUUAACGACGUGGUCGCGGAGCGUCUGAGGGUGAGGCGGGAAGCUCAGCGGAAAGCGGACGAGCUGAAGCAGGAAGCAGAGAGCGGCUCGGCGGAUCCGGCUCAGAAAGCCGCUGAGGCGACGGCGCAGCAGGACGACGCGGAGCUCCAGGCUGCUGAGCCGAAAGGAGACGCUGCUUCAGAAGCGGCCAGCGUUCCCCCCGCCGCGGAGGGGAGCUCUGUGUCGGACCCCGACCCCGGCUCUGCCGCCCAGGACUCAGCCGUGCCUCAAACAGAGUCCGGGGACUCGAACAAGGAAACGCAGCCUGCUCAGUGUGGGAGCCUGCAGAGCGGGGAGCCCCCUCCGGAGGAGCAGCAGGAGAGGACAGAUGAGGAUAAUAAAGCAGAGUCCAACAGUGAAGCGGCGCCGGCGGACGAGCCACAGCAGCAGUCAUCUCAGCCUGAAGCGACCAGCAGCAGCAGCCCGCCUUCAGCGUCUUCGAGCCUGAAGAAGCCGGAGCCGCCUGAGCUGGCCGACAGGUCCUCCCAGUCCUCCUUCACCAGCCAGGACGGAACAGACGAAUAUAAUGAAAGGGUGAAGACGAGUAACCAAACGGCCACAGACAGCAAAGAGUCGUCUCCCGUCUGCUCCGACGGCGAGUCGUCUCGCCCGACCCCGGCCAAGAAGGACCUGGUAUUGAACGUGAACAACCUGUUCAAGCUGGGCCAGGAGAGCAAAUACAGGGUCUACCACAACCAGUACAGCACCAACGUCCUGGCGCUCAACAAGCACCAGCACCGCGAGGACCACGACAAGCGGCGCCACCUCUCCCACAAGUUCAGCCUGACCACCGCGUCCGAGUUCAAGUGGAGCGGCUCCAUCCACGGCUCCAGAAGUCUGACCGUCACCACCCUGCGCCUCACCAUCAUCCAGCUGGAGACCAACGUCCCCGGACCCUUCAUGCAUCCCAACUGGGCGUCGCACAGGACGAACUGGAACAAGGCGGUGCAGAUGUGCAGCAAAGCGAGGGAGUUUGCGCUCGCCCUGGCGAUACUGGAGUGUGCCAUCAAACCGGUGGUCAUGCUGCCUGUGUGGAAAGACUCUCUUGGACACACAAGGCUCCAUCGCAUGACCUCCAUGGAGCGGGAGGAGAAAGAGAAGGUGAAAAAGCGCGAGAAGAAGCUGGAGGACGAGGAGACUUUGCAGCAGGCCACGUGGGUGAAGUACACGAUCCCCAUCAAGCAUCAGGUGUGGAAGCAGAAGGGGGAGGAGUACCGGGUGACGGGAUAUGGAGGCUGGAACUGGGUCAGUAAGACUCGGGUGCCGCGUUUUCUCCCGAAGCUGCCGGGUAACACAAAUGUGAACUACCGCAAAGAACUGGAGGCUAAAAUGAAAAAGGCAAAAGCAGCAGUUUACACAAACAAGAAAAAGUCAGCAGGUUCUGAAAAGCCGGAGACUUCAAACACGGCAGCAGAGGGAAAGGAGAAGGAAUCCAUCCCCGUGUCGACUCAGAGCGCCUCCUCAGAGGACAUCAAACCUCAGGCCUCACAGGAGAAAGAAAAACCUGCAGAGGAGGAGCAGAGCAACAGCGUAAAUGAGAAGAAGGAGGAGGAGCAAAUGGACGUCGACCUCAAAACAGCUGAAAUAGCUGAGAAGAAAGAUGAAGCUGAACAUAAAGGCCCGGCCUCGCCUGCCAUGGAAGAGCCAGCCAAGAUACACGACCAGCCCAAGAAGGAGGAGACGGCGGCGUCGAAGAUCUACUACGACGUUGUGAAUGUGAGCGAGGGCUUUCAGCUUCGGACGGCUUAUAAGAAAAAGGUCAAGCCCUCGAAGCUGGACGGGCUCCUGGAGCGCCGGGUCAAGCAGUUCACCUUGGAAGAGAAGCAGAGGCUGGAGCGGCUGAGGCAGACGACUUUGUCCAAAAUGAUCGGCACAAAGCCCGGCGCCGGCGUCAAGACGGAAGGAUCCGCACUGAGCAAGCAGCAGCCUGCUGUGAAAGUAGAGGAGACUGAUCACCUCCAAAUUAAAGACCGCGUGGUUAAAAAGCUUCACUUUGAGGAGGAAAAACCGCCGGCGAAGACCGACAGCGCAGACGUCAAGCCGGACCCUGCAGCUCCCAGCCAGAGCAAACAAACGGAGGCAGGCACCGCGCACGGGAACGGCGGGGAGGCCCAUAAAGAAGUGAACGGGGGACCCUUAGUGAGCGCGGAGCUCACCAGUAAAAACAACUGCGUGUCGGAGACGGCCGAAGACGACAAGCAGGAGGUGAACCGAGUGCCGGAGAAUCCGAAGAAGCGUGGGUAUGAAGAGGUGGACCAGGGCAGCGGGCAGAGCGACUCCGACAGCACCGAGGGCGCAAACAAGACCAAUCCGUUACAGGUGAAUGGUAAAAGCCUGGUCUCAGACCCAAACAGCAACUCUGACCCAGCCGGUCUCCUCCAAGAUGAAGUCAAGGAGCCCGUCAAGUCUCUGAUGAACGGCAACCUGUCUCAAAACGACGUGGCCGGCGUCGGUCAUCCGCCUCCCCUCAAAGUCCCAAAAUUAGAAAACCAUGUAGGAGAGAGAGACGACAGUGAGGGGCAGAAUCACACUAAGCUCCAGCCCUCCAGCCCCUCCCCCCCGGUAAGUAAUAAAACCGAAAAUUGCUCCAGCAGUGAAGAUUCGAAGACCUCAGUCACGGCAAACAUCUCCACAUCCGAGCCUCAAAACCCCCCGACGUCUGACUCAUCCAGCAGCAAGCCUGCCGUCACAUCUCAGGCUGCAGCCUGCACAGGUUCCGCUGUUUCCACCGCCGGAGCAACUCUCCCCCAGAAGGUGAGACCUCCGUUGUCCGACACUAAAGUCAGCACCGGGACCAGCGCCAUGACAAUUAGUAAGGAGUAUUCCACCAAAGAUCGAGUCAGCCUCCUCAAGUUCUCCAGAACGAAGAAGGCGCGCUCGGGCACGGCUCUGCCGUCCUACCGCAAGUUCGUCACCAAGAGCAGCAAGAAGAGCAUCUUCGUGCUGCCGAACGACGACCUGAAGCGGCUGGCCAGGAAGGGGGGCAUCAGGGAGGUGCCCAUCUUCAACUACAACGCCAAGCCUGCCCUGGAUAUCUGGCCCUACCCUUCGCCUCGGCCCACCUUUGGGAUCACGUGGAGAUACCGUCUCCAGACCGUGAGGUCGCUGGCAGGAGUCAGUCUGAUGCUGAGGCUGCUGUGGGCCUGCCUGAGGUGGGACGACAUGGCCGUGAAGCCCUCCGCUUCCGUCGGUACAACACGGAAAGAAACUACAGACACCGACAUUAUCACGACGGAGAUCAUAAAGCGAAAAGACGUGGGGCCGUACGGCAUCCGCUCGGAGUACUGCAUCAGGAAGAUCAUCUGUCCCCUCGGAAACAGAGAAACUCCCAAAGAAACCCCGACUCCGCAGAGGAAAGGCUUGCGCUCGAGCGCUUUGAGGCCUAAAAAGCAAGAACCGACAAAGCUGACGGGGCCCAUCGCCGUGGAGACGUGGGUUCCUGAAGAGGAACUGGAGCUGUGGGAGAUCAGAGCCUUUUCAGAGCGACUGGAAAAGGAGAAGUCGCAGGGUGUGGAUCCCUCAAAGAGCGGAGCGACUCUGAAGACGGCAGAGGACGUCAAGGCUCACCUGGAGAACCAGCUGAAGCAGGCCAGACUGGCUGCACAGCAGAAACGUCUGGAGCAGCAGAGGCCCGGUACGACCACCCCCACCUCCACGCCCACCACCCCCACCUCCUCAGUCAGCUCCCCCAGCACCCCGGCGUCCAGCAGCCUGAGGACCGGCCAAGUGACGCCCGGGACCAAGAUGGUCCUGGCCUCCAAGCUGGGCUCCCCGGUCUCGUUCCAGCAGGACAAGAACUUCCAUCAGUCGUUUGCUUCCUGGGUCAAACAGGGUCAGAACAACAGCAGCAGCAGCAGUUCAGGUGUCGUCCAGCAGAAAGUUCUUGGCAUUUUCCCCUCUGGGCCUCCUGCAAACCUUCGGACGUACAGCACACUACAUCCCAAAACUGGCAUCAACCUCAGAGCCGCGACUUCCACCUCAGCUUCUCCGCAACAGGCCGCCCCAGCAGGAGGCCAAACACAGCCGGUCACCACCAUGAACCAGCCUCUCACCCCGCCUGCCUCCAUGGGCUCAGCAGCGGUUAAAGGUUCAGGAUUGGCUCAACCAGGCCAAGUUCAGCAGGCGGCCGGCCAGGUGGGACGUGUCCAGCCUGCAGUCCCUGCUUCCAGCCCUGUGCAGAGAGCAGCGGGUCCAGGGGCAUCGCCCUGUGCAGCCACCACCGCUCCGGGACAGGCUGCGCCUCAGAGACCCCAGCAGGGUCAAGUCAAACUCACCAUGGCUCAGCUCAUGCAGCUAACGCAGAGUGCACAGGGAGGAAACCCGGGCCUGACGGUGGUGAUCCAGGGUCAAGGCCAGACGCAGGGCCAGCUGCAAAUCAUUCCCCAGGGCGUGACUGUCAUCCCUGGCCCCGGUCAGCAGCUAAUGCAAGCAGCCAUGCCCAACGGCCAGGUCCAGCGCUUCCUCUUCACUCCCGCCGCCCCGUCCUCAACAGCUUCCACUGUGGCUCCAGCGACACCGGCCCCCAUCAAGCCCGCCCCCGCCCCCCAAACCCAGAUAUCCACCCUGGCAAGAGCCCCCGCACAGGUCCAGACCACGCCCUCAACCUUCGCCCAGACACAGAUGACGGCACCGCUGCCCGCACCGCAGCAUGCGGCGGGUCCAAUGCAGGUGCCCGGUUCGGCUCCUGUUCCCGUGCAGACCCCGUUGGCGUCACCACCGCAGGCUGCGGCCCACGCCGCGCUGCAAACACAAGUCUCGCCUGCCGCGCCGCCGUUUGUCCCCCCGCAGCCGCAAAUGUCCUCCCCCAUGCCCGCUUUGCCACAACUUGCAACCCAGGCCUCCACGCCUGCUUCUGUCGGUGUGCAGCCCCAAGCGGCGGUGUCGGCGCCUUCCCCGGCACUGAGCGCAGCUCCCGCUACCAGUCAGCAAACGAUCACUUCUGCACCGGCACAAAAUCAAGCUGAAUCCCCCAUGAUGCCUCAGAACCAGCUCUCUCCCCUCACACCAGGCUCACUCUCUGUGCAAUCCCACACCGCCGCUUCUCCCCCGGUCAUAGGACAAGUCACCCCUCAACCCCAGGCCCAGGUGCAAGCUCUCAGUCCCGCCCCAGGCUUGACCUCUCCCCCGGGCCAGAUGCUUGUUGCCCCUCCCGCUGUCGUGUCCCCACUCAAGGCUGCUCCCCAGGCGGCCGCCAUCCCGGUCCAGCCGCCCGUCUCUGCCUCUCUCCCCUCACCGGUCCAGGUUCCCACCCCUGCUCUUGCGCCGGUCUCUGCUCCCGUCAUCGCCGUCGUGUCGACCCAAGUCGCCGUCCCGUCCCCGGCCCGAGCUCUAACCCAAAUCCAAGCGUCGGCUCCUGUCCCGCUCCACGCUGCUGUGGCGAACGCUGUGGUCACGCCGGUCACAGCCACCUCUACAACACCAUCAGUGCCAGCCCUGACGGAGCAGGGCACCGUGCAGCCUCAAGCUUGGGCUCCUGCAUCAUCCGAACUUCACACCUUAGUGCAGCCAGUCCAGCAGGCUGCUGCUCCGCCCGUUCCCGCCUCCAGCCCGUCGUCCAGCUCCACACAUUCCCCCGGGACCCCUCUGCCUCAGGCAUCACUGACGCCCCACACUCAAGCACAAGUCCAGCACCCCGCCGUCGUCUCCGUGCAGCAAGUGACCCAAAUUCCAGUUUCGGCCGUGCAGGUUCACGUGAAGGGAUUACCGGUUUCCUCCGUCGUCACGGCCCUGAGACCCCCGCAGCCUCAGCUUCAGCCCCAGCCUCAAGCCCCCGUCUGCACGCAGGUCCAGGUCCAGCCCGGCGGCCAAGUCCAGCCAGUGCCACACAUUCAAGCUCAAGCGCAGCUCCAAGCACAAGCUCAGCUCCACCCCCAGGUCCGAGUGCAGUUUCAGCCUCGGACGCAGAUUCAGCCGCAACCUCAGCAGCCGGCCCAAGCCCCGGCGCAGCCCGUCGCCCCCGUUCAACCUCAGGUGCAGUUCCAGUCCCCAACCAAAACCUCGCCCCAGGUCCAGGCCCCAGCUCCAGCCCAGUUCCAGGCCAGGGUCCAGCCUCAGUACCAGUUUCAAACUCAGCCGCAAACCCAACCUCAGGCCCAGCAGCAGCCUCAGAUCCAGCCGCAGCUCCAGGUCCAGCCUCAGGUUCAGUCUCAGGCCCAAACUCCGCUUCAGCCGCAGUCCCAGAUCCAAACCCAGCUCCACCCCCAGGUUCAGGUCCAGUUCCAGCAACAAAGCCAGAUUCAAGCUCAGGCCCAGCAGCAACCACAGGUACACGCUCAAGUUCCAGCCCAAGCGCAGUUUCAAGUCCAGUCCACGCAGCAGACCCAAGUCCCACAGCAGCUCCAGGUCCAAACCCAGGCCAAGCUCCAAGUCCAGUUCCAACCUCAGAACCAAACCCAAACACAGCCCCAGCUUCAGGUCCAGUCUCCCAUCAGGCAUCAGCUCAUCACCGUUCCGGGCCUCCAGCAGCCCGUCCAGCUGCUGUCGGCCCUGCCGCCGCACGUGGCGGCCCAGAUCCAGGCCCAGAUCCAGGCCCAGGCACAGCAGCAGGGCGGCGCUGUUCCCCAGCAGAUCAAACUACAACUACCUAUCCAGAUCCAACAAGCCGGAGGACCGAUUCAGGCCCACCAGAUACAGAAUAUGGUGACGAUACAGGCGCCAGCGAGCGUUCAGGAGCAGCUUCAGAGGAUGCAGCAGCAGCAACAGCAACAACAACAACAACAACAACAACAACAGCAGCAGCAACAACAGCUACAGCAACCAAAGAAAAAGAAACACCACGAGACGAAAAGGGAACAGAAAGAGCAGAAUCUGCAGGUGGCUAGCUCCACAGACGGCAUCCAGAAGCAGGUGGCAGUGAAGCAGAACGCAACGGCCGAACAGCUGAAGCAGAGGAAGUCCCUGGCUGCAGCUGAGCGGGAGGAGAACCAGAGGAUGAUUGUGUGCAACCAGGUGAUGAAGUUCAUCCUCGACAAGAUCGAGAAGGACGAGAAGCAGGCAGCUAAGAAGAGGAAGAAGGAGGAGGUGGUGGAGCAGAAGCGCUCCAAGCAGAACGCCACCAAGCUGACGGCGUUGCUGUACAAGCACAAGGAGCAGCUGAAGGCGGAAAUCCUGAAGAAGAGGGCGCUGCUGGACAAGGAGCUGCAGCUGCAAGUCCAGGAGGAGCUGAGGCGGGACAUCGCCAGGCUACAGAGAGAAAAAGAGAAAGCCCGAGCCGCCAUCGCCCAGGCCACCGCCGCCGCCGCUACAGUGAAGACCUCUUCACACUCCUCGCCCCACUCCUCCUCCUCCUCCUCACAUCUCUCACACUCAACACAUUCCUCUCACGGCAGCCACGCAGUGACCUCACCACCCUCCUCCUCCUCCUCCUCCCACAAACGCAAGAGGGAGGACGACAGAGACAAGGACAGGAACCGGGACCGGGACAGGCACCACGACAAGGACAAGAAACGGGAGCGGGACAAGGACAGAGACCGAUACAGAGACAGAGACAAAGACAGAGACCGCGAUCGAGACCGGGACAGAGACCGGGAGCGAGAGAGGGAGAGGGACAGACAUCGGGACAGGGACAAGGACAGAGACCGGGACCGGGAGAAAGAGAGAGACUCCAGCUCGUUGAAACACAAGAAGAAGAAGAAGCUCUCUUCUACCUCAAAGGAUCACAAGAAGGACACCAAACUGUACUGUAUCUGCAAGACGCCCUACGACGAGUCUAAGUUCUACAUCGGCUGUGACCUGUGCUCCAACUGGUUUCACGGCGCCUGCGUUGGCAUCACUGAAAAGGAGGCCAAGAAGCUGGAGGACUUUGUGUGUAACGACUGUAAACGCGGACAAGAGGGAGGAAGCAGCGAGGAGCUGUAUUGUAUCUGCCGGACGCCAUAUGACGAAUCGCAGUUCUACAUCGGCUGCGAUCGCUGUCAGAACUGGUACCACGGGCGCUGCGUGGGAAUCCUGCAGAGCGAGGCCAACCACAUCGACGUGUACGUGUGUCCGCAGUGCCAGUCGACGGAAGACGCUAUGACGGUCCUCACGCCGCUCACCGACAAGGACUAUGAGGGCUUGAAAAGAAUAUUACGCUCGUUACAGACUCACAAAAUGGCGUGGCCUUUCCUGGAGCCAGUGGAUCCCCACGACGCACCUGAUUACUAUCGCGUGAUCAAGGAGCCAAUGGACUUUUCCACAAUGGAAACCCGUUUGCAGAAGCGACAUUACCACAAGCUCACGGAGUUCGUGGCAGACGUGACCAAAAUCUUCGACAACUGCCGCUACUACAACCCCAACGACACGCCCUUCUUUCAGUGUGCCGAGGUGCUCGAAGCCUUCUUUGUACAGAAGCUGAAAGGAUUCAAAGCGAGCAGGUCUCAUAACAACAAGCUUCAGUCUUCUUCAGCCUCUUAGAAACCGUCGCACAUUGCGCAAACAAAAUGCACUUGCCAAGAAAAUGGCUUUUUUUUUUUUUUUUUUUUUUUUUUUUCUGGAAACUGUAUCUCUGUGACGGACUCUGCCUCCACCCGAGUUUUUUUGGGGCGGGGAUCUGCUCCUCUCGACCUCUGUUGCCAGGGGCAACCAGCACACUUGCUGCUUUGAACACAGGACAGAGCGGCCCCCUCUGCCCGUUUCAGCUGUAAUGGGACCCUCUCGGACCUUCUCUUCGUCUGUGGGACUAAACACAGGAGCGAGAACAACUGAGGCAUUUCAGAAGAAAGUUUACCUCGGAGAAAAGACUCUAAUCGAGCUCUCAUAUUUCCAUGUUUUCUUUUUUUAUGUCUUUUUUUUUUUUUUUUUUUUUUUUUUUUUUUGGUUUUUCUUACCUGGUAAAGAUGAAAAAUAAAUCCCUCAGGCCAUCCUUGUGGUCAUCAUGUCUAUUGAAAUAGGAAACAGGAAUCAUACAAAGGCUGAGUUUCACUGAGCACCGUGUAAAAGUUGUCUAAAUUGAGAAAUCACAGUGGAACAUUGUUAAAUCUCCCAUUUCAUGAAGUUCUGAAGUGGAACGAGAGACAGUUUGAAUAUCUGGACAUUAGUAGUCUGCUUGGUUCAAAUUUCUGUGACCUACUGAAAGUACGGGAAUAAGCUAAAAGAACAGCUCUGACCGGGAAGGAUGAAACCAUGGAUCUGAAGGUUGUUGCCUGUUUGUAAAAAUUCAUCGGAUUUUCACGGUCUUUUUUUUUUUUUUUUUUUUGUAUUACAGCUGAAGAAAUAUUGAUGUAUAUGGAACUUAAUAAAAUGUAAAAGACUGACUUGUU